AUACUGUGUUAGGCUUCAGAAGUCCCAUUUUUGGGUGACAAAAUAAUACACUGGGUGUCAAGUCUAUUCCUAUACCUCGUCUGUGGUAUAAUGUUUGUGUUAAUAACUUAUUAAUAAUAAGCGGUUCGAAACAAGUAUUUGUUAUCGAAAUUAUACUUGAAAAAAAAAAUAGAAAACAUGAAUUUAUUACCAAAAGCGCAUGAAGAAUUCAGUCAAGUCGAGUAUUGGAAUACAUUUUUCAAGAAACGUGGUAAAAAGAGCUUUGAAUGGUAUGGAGAAUAUCCAGAAUUAUGCAGUAUAAUCUUGAAGUUCAUAAAAGUGAAAGAUAAUAUUUUAAUUGUUGGUUGCGGUAAUUCAACGCUUAGUAUGUGCUUGUACGAUGCUGGGUACAGGAACAUUACUAAUAUCGAUAUAUCGCAUAUUGUUAUCAAGCAAAUGCACGACAUUAAUGCGUCGGUGAGACCAAAUUUAAUUUAUGAACAAAUGGAUGCUACACAAAUGACUUAUCCAGAUGACACGUUCAGUGUUAUUUUGGACAAAGGUACUUUAGACGCCCUUAUGCCAGAUACUAAGGAAGGUACGAUAUCCACAAUUACAAAAUAUUUUAAAGAAAUCACAAGAGUUCUACGUAAUGGCGGCAGAUAUAUUUGUAUUUCUUUAUUACAAGAGCACAUUUUAACAGAACUUUUGUCUUAUUUUCCUACUGCUGGAUUUAUGUUUCGUAUAAUACGUUGCUAUGAGGCAGAAGCAAAAGCACGGAUAGAAGAAGGUAGUUCGAUUGCAGUUUUUGCAGUUGUUGCCACAAAAUUUAUAAAUUUACCACAUCCUGUUCUAGAAAUAGCACUGGUUGACGGUCCUCCAAAACGAUUGUCGACAUCGAACGAUAUGAUAUCUGCUGUACUUUCAACACAAAAGUCAGCUUUAAUAUGUAACAAUCUUCGCAAACGAAGUAUUGCCGAUAUUGGAGAGAUAUCAUUGGAUUUACAUCGUCCUGACGACGAACAUCCGCGGUAUACAGUUUAUGUGUUGGACAAGCCUAAAUUGCAUGGUAUAAAUACAUAUGCAGCAUUUAUGGUGCCACAGGGAAAGGAAACAGAUUGGUUAUUUAGCUCAAAAGAAGGAAGACAACAAGUUCUUAAAAGCGCGCAACACGAUAGGCUCGCAAUUGUUACUCUACGCAGAGAACAUAAAUUUGAGAGUUGGGAUGCUGUCAAAUCGGAGCUGGAGGACUGCAUUUUAAAUUUGGCGCCGGAAGGUUUAUCUAGUAGAAACGAUAUUCCACUUUUAUCACUAGGAUCCGAUGUGGGGCAAAGAAUUAUAUGUUACGAAGGGAAAAGUGAGCUGAGUGGUUCGUUUGUUGUUGAAGACAUUGAAAGGGAUGGUUGCGAGUUCAGAAGACUGGUUUUUCUAAAUACUCCUUACGUUAUCCAAAGCGAAGCUCGACUCAAGCAGGUUAAAUCUAGGCGUGAUAAAAUGAAAAAAGUUAUCGAUCCUGGUUUCCUAGCUGGUGAUCAUCACUUACACAUGAGUAUAGGUGUCACUGCUGUAAUAAAUCCCAAAGAAUGCGAUGACAUUAUGAUCAUAGGAUUAGGCGGCGGAAGUUUAUGUACAUUUUUGUACAAUUGUUUUCUUAAAUUGAAUAUCAUUGCAGUUGAAAUUGACAAAGCAAUGCUUAAAGUGGCAACUGACUAUUUUGGACUUACUCUUGACGCCAGAAUGAAGGUUGAAAUUGCUGAUGGAAUUCAGUUUAUUAAAGAAAACUCGGUCGCCGGGAAGAAAUUUAAAGCUGUGCUUUUCGACGUGGAUAGCAAAGACACAACAGUUGGGAUGAGUUGUCCACCUAAACAAUUUUUAGAAAUGCCGAUUAUCAAAUCAGUGUCAGAAUGUUUAACAAGCGACGGUAUUUUUAUACUUAAUCUAGUUAGCCGAGAUCAGAACAUUAAGAAGAAAGUGAAGAAUGAUCUGAUGUCUGUAUUUAAAUGUAUAGCAUGUUGUUCCAUUCAAGAUGCGGUAAAUGAAAUAAUUCUGUGUUCUAUAAGCGAAAACGAUAGUUCCGAAUGGAUAAACAAAUUAAAAGCAGCUGCCAUAACGUUAAAUAAACAAGUGACUGCGAGAAAAUUAUUAAGUAAUGCGGAUAUGUUCGAUUUGUCGUUUUUUAUGGAAAAUCUGUCUGUAAAUUCUUAAUUUAAAUAUUUACCACUAAUAGUUGCAAUGAAAUUCAUUAACUACUCAUGCGUUCCUUACUCGAUGAUAUAUCCCUGUGCGAUUUUUAUCAAAAUGUUGAAAGUAGAUUUUGAAAUUUCUUUUAUCAUCCGUCGAAACUUAUAUCGAAAAUAGAUCUAAAAAAAAAAGAUGAAGGAGCAUAUCUUAAUAUAAUAAAUAAUGUAUAAUAAAUAG